AUGGAAAAAAUAAUUAGGUCACUUUUAUUUUUUAAAUUUACAGCUUUUAUUCUUUUAAAUUGGGCAUAUAAUUUUAAAAAUGAUUUGUGCAAUUUUAACAAAUGUUUGGAUAGGAAGUACAAUGGCGAUAAUAAAUUAGAUUCAAAAAAUUAUCGAUUACUAGCAAAAUAUAGACCAAAUAAGGAUUCUAAUAUUGUAAUAUCAAAUGAUGAGAUGCAAAAUAAUGGAGCAUAUGAAAAUUUAUUAAUAUCUAAUAAUGAAAGAGGAACCAAAAUAAAGGGAAAACAAUCAAAUAGAAGUUCAUUUAAUAAGGCACAAUACUAUACAGAAGUUAUAGAUUACAAUAAUGGAAUGUUUGAUGGAAAGCAUUUCCAUUUUGCAAAAAAAUGGGUAAAAAAAAAAGAUUAUGAUGAUUUUCUUGAAAAAAACGGGAGAAUUGGUAACAUAGCUUUAAAAAAAAUAAAAUUUAGAAAUUACGGAUUUGUAGUUGUUUUGUUUUUUCUUUUUUUCUUGUUGGGGAUAGGACACCCCGUAUUAGAAGGAUUAGGGUACUCGAAAACUGUAGGGGAAAAAAUUGCAAAAUUAUUAUUUGCAGACAAUAUGGCUACAAAAGUACAACCUUAUAUGUGUUUAAUAUUAUUUAGCGUACUUAUUGUUAUACUUUCUGUUAUAAUUAUAAUAGCGUUUUAUAAGAUCUUAAGGAAUAAUGAAAAAUAUAAAAGAAUUAAGUUGAUGACUGAGUAA